UGUUUGCAGCCAGCACAGAUGUGUCCUAUUUAAUCUCAUCCCAUUUGAUUUAGCGUGUUUACAGACCAGCCGUAUUCUCGUUCUGCUUAAUGUAGUUCAGAUUAAUCUAUCAUGUUUGCAGACUAGCCAGUAAAAGACGUAAAUUCGUUUGUCAGCUAUGUCGUGACGAUAAGGAGCUCCACCGACGAAGAAAAAAAACUGUUCGAUUGGAUUUUAUGUCGUUGAUUAAAGCUGCAGUACUUAUGCCUAAACCCAGCUGCUGUUUGUGGGUGAUGAAAGAAGAGGUUCCCUCUGAGCAGAAGGACUGGAGCUCCAAUCUGGACCAGAGUGACAGUUAGACUCCACACAUUAGAAAAGUGCAGGGGAAAGUGUGGGCCAGAAGUCAAACAGGGGAGCUGUUUCAGGUCUGAUACUUCCAUUUCCCUUUGACUUCAGUUCCUGUGAAGAUAAUGAAGAGAAACAUCAGUCCUCACAGUUUCAUCAGGGAGUUUUGGAUUUCAAAGGAAUCAGAACCAGCUUGGAACUCAGAUCCAGAGAUUGAGGUCAAGCUUGAAGACUCAUCUGAACCUGAGACUGGAGACUGUGAUGAUUGGAUGGAGACCAGAGACUGUCAAUCAGUGCUACCCGCGGAUGUUCAGCAGCUAUCAGUGAGUAAAGAAGAGCCUCCUGAGGAGUGGUGCCCCAGCCUGGAUCAUGAGGACAUUGAGCCUCUGCAUGUCAAAGAAGAACAAGAGGAACUUUGGAUCAGUCAGGAUGGAGAGCAGCUCCAAGGACAGGAGGAGGCUGAUAUUAUCAAGUUCACAUUCAGUCCCGGUCAUUUGAAGACCGAAGAUGAUGAUGAUGAUGAUGAUGAUGAAAACUCUCCGUGCUCCCAGCUUCAUCAAAUAGAAACUGAACAGAUAGAAACAGCAGGUGAUGGAGAGGAUUGUGAAGGAUCGGAACAAUCCUGGAGCUCAGAUCCAGAGAACUGCUUAUCAUAUGAGACUGAGGUCAAAAUUGAAGAGUCUUCUGAACCUGAGACUGAAGACUGUAACAAUGUGAAGCACACAUCUGUGUGUCAGUCAGGUUUAAGCCCUGUGGAAAGAGCAGAGAAUAAUGAACCAAAUACCAAUAAGAAAUUGCACAGCUGUCCUGCGUGUGGUAAAAUGUACAUCUUUAAAGCGCAUCUGGAACGACAUUUGAGAAUUCACCUGGAGGGGAAACCCAUCACCUGCCCUGUAUGUGGUUUGAGAUUUAAUUAUACAAGUCAUCUGACAGAGCACUUGAGAACGCACACAGGAGAGAAACCCUUCAGCUGCCCUCAGUGUGGCAAAAGAUUCAGACGUAAACGCCACCUGACAUAUCAUUUGAGAAUUCACACAGGAGAGAAACCCUUCAGUUGCUCUGAGUGUGAUAAACGAUUUAAUUGCAAAGAAUAUCUGACCAAUCAUAUGCGCGUUCACACAGGAGAGAAACCCUUUCCUUGCUCUGAAUGUGGUAAAAGAUUUAAUAGUCAAGAAUAUCUGACAACACAUAUGCGCAUUCACAGACAAGAGAAACCCUUUGGUUGCUCAGAGUGUGGUAAAGACUUUUGUAGUAAAGAAAGCCUGAACCAACACAUGCAAGCUCAUUCAAGUAAAAAACCCUUCUGCUGCUCCGUGUGUGGUAAAGCAUAUAAACGCAAACCAACUUUAACCCAGCACAUGUUAGUCCACAAAACAGAGAAACGCUUCAACUGCUCAGAGUGCGGAAAAGGAUUUAAUUGUAAGCGAAUUCUGGCCAAACAUAUGUUCGUUCAUACAGGCGAGAAACCCCUCAGUUGUGCUGAGUGUGGUAAAAGAUUUGCCAUUAAAGGGUAUCUGAAAAAACAUAUGAUGAAUCACACAGGAGAGAAACCUUUCUGUUGUUCUGAAUGUAAUAAAAGUUUCAAGGAUAAAGCACAGUUGAAUAGGCACAUGAUAAGCCACACAGGAGAAAAACCUUUAAGCUGCAGUUCUUGUGGACAAAAAUUCUCAUGGCAUUCUCAGCUAAAAAGACACAAGUCAGUUUGUGUUCAUGUUUCAGAGCCAUUAAAGGAACAAAUUGAGCAGGAAAGACAGCCAGAGACUGGAGCUGAUGUAGAGGAUUGUGGCAGAUCAGAAGAAACUAGGAACUCUGAUCCAGACAAAGAAUUACAACCAGAGAUUGAGGUAACCAUAGAGGACUGUUGUGAUGAGUCCUAAAGAACCAGAGACCAUCCGUGUGUGUUUUAAAACAAGAUAAUAGUAAAUUCCAGUCUGAGUUGUGAAAUGUAGUACUUGUGACAAAGUACUACACAAUUAAUCUAUCACAAUUGCAAUCAUAAUGUCAGACUGUGCAAUUGCAUAAUCCCACAAAAGGCUGCAAUUAGUUUUCUUAUGAAGGAGUGCCUGAAGUGUUUAGUAAAUUGUCUUUAAAAUUGCCUUUAAGUUAACAAUAGUG